GCUACAACAGCAACCUCGUCGACCCUCCUUCCAAGGCCUAUCAGAUGACAAUAUGCAACAUCGUCUGUGCUUGCAUCGUCCUCUUCUUCGUCUCGCUGCGCCUGUACACCAGAACCCGCAUUGUCAACUACAUGGGCCCGGAUGACUACAUCCUCCUGUUCGCCUUGGCGAUAUGGUUCACUGAUAUGUCGCUGUUCCAGGUGCUGACGCAAUGGGGUAUGGGAAAACAUCUGUGGGACGUCAGCCAGGCCAUAUUGUCCCCUGGCUUCCUCAGGCUUUGGGUCAUUGCCGCCAUCGUGUAUAGCGGUGCCAUCCUCUUCAUCAAACUGUCCAUCCUUUUCUUCUACCGCCACCUUUUCCCCGUCGAUCAAUUCAGCUUGAAAUGGUGGCUGGUUACGAUUUUCACCGUCGGUUACUCCGUCGGUGGCAUUUGUGCGUCACUGUUUGCGUGCACGCCCAUGAGGGCAAGCUGGGAUAUGAAUAUUAAAGAGUACCACUGCAUCGACAAGUCCGCCUUCUACAUCGUCAAUGCAGUCCUCAACAGCUUCAGUGAUCUACUCAUUCUCGCCCUGCCACUUCCCGUCGUCUGGAAAUUGGGCCUCGACACAAGGCAGAAGAUCACUCUGUCCAUCGUGUUCACUUUGGGAUCGCUCUCAUGCAUCAUCAGUAUUGUCCGUCUAAAGGCCAUCAUUCUGUACAUGAGACACGCCGACCGUGACAUCACGUACGAUCUCCAGGAGAUUUGCCUGUGGUCGGAGAUCGAAACGACUGUAUGCAUGGUCUGCGCCUGCGUGCCGACCCUCCGCCCCUUCAUGCGCCGCCACUUCGGUUUCUUCGCCUCCAUGGACAGCGGUCCGUCAAGCACGCCUAAUAAGCGUGACCCGCUGGACAAAACCGUCGGAAGAGACAACCACAAUAGGAAGUUCUUCAGCGCCAACAUGUACGCAAAGUCCCGCGCCAGAGGAGAGGACCUCGAGCUCAGAUUCCAGAAGAAUGCCGGAGAAGCUAUCGUGACUGUCUCGGAUUCAAGGGACUACGACGCCGAGAGUACCGACCGGAUCAUCGACGUCGAAAGGGGCAGUUCAGAGUGCGAGGACGAGCGAGAGUGCCGAGAGAAUCCCUUUGGCAUCAAGGUACAACAAUCGUACCAAGUCUCGAGCAGUCUAGCACGAUGAUACCCCUUUGUUUUCUUUCAUUUUCUUUUGUUCAUAUUCACUCUUAAUUACCCAAAAAGCGGGCGUUUCAUGUGAGUUAUAGCUACGAUGUAGAUGUCUUAUUAUACCAAGAUAGCCACGGCUGCACCAUUGUUUGAUUCAUUAAGAAUCUAAACGCAUCAAACAAAAAUAAAUACAAAUUGAAAGAUAUAAUCAAGCUCGUUCAUGGGAGGGGAAAGGGUCGUGAGGAGACAAUUGACUUUGCAUUUAGCUCAGAACAAGCUUUCUGGCAGAAGCGGGCGGGACCAAACAGGGGUUAAAUCCACAAAAAUUGCUUCUUACCAUGGUCAUGGGUGGCAGCAGGCCCACAUGAUACACGGGGAUUGAAAAAGCAAAG